GUUCCUUGGGUCCUGCCGGCGAGCGUGGGCUUUCUGCAGAGCGCAACCAAGCUCGUGUGCUUUGGGAACAGUUCGCCUCUUAUAAGGGAUUGGCCUGGGCUACUUCAUCUAAAGAUCCUAGGAUUGCUGCAGGUCAGCAGUCUCCACUGGAGAAAAUGAUCUUGAAUCUGGGUGGUGUGCAUACAACAGCAGCAAGACGGUUGAUAACUCAGAAAUAUCAAGAUGAGUAUGAAAUACUCUGUAGGGAGCAAGCUCUUUCUCUUGACUACUGGCUUGCCAAAGCAGAGUCUUUUUAUCAUAAAAGAAUACUGGAAAUGAUGAAAGAAGAGACCGGCAAUGAAAUCAAGAAAAAAAUGAAGGGGAAAACAACCCAAAGCACAGAAGGACUAAAACAGUACUGUUUGGUACCUGAGAGAGAGAUGAAACACAUAGAAAGGCACAUACAUUGUACAGGACAGGCUAGAAAAUCUAAGAACAAAUCAUUUAGACAAGUACUACAACUCCCCAGUGAAACAAAAUUACCAAAAAUUAUGCCAGAAGGGCAUGGCAUCCAGAAUGCACAGAGAAGAAAGCAGGUAAAUGAGAGGGAACAGAUGCAAAUUAAGGAUCACCAGGAACGUAUGAUUCGAGGGAGAGCACUUACAGAGCAAAGACUCAAGGAAAGAAUCUUGAGAAGAAGCCAGAGCCAACUACCUACAUAUGAGAAGCAUGAGAGAGUAAAGAAAGAGGUAAAGGAGUUGGAAAGAGUUAUUGCGUAUCCUCUUUUUCAGCCAUGCAGUAGAAGUCGGAUUAAGGUGAAUAUUCUUAUGGAAAAGUCUCAGGAUGGAGAGAAAGUGAAUACAAUUUUGAAACCAUAUCAAAGAGAAUUCUUGACCAUGCCACCCUUUUUAAGAAGUCAAAUGGGAAAAAUAAGAGAUUAAAGUUUCAAUGCUGUUAUGAUAAAAUUAUCUCUCUUAUGUGAACCUUUUUUUUUUUUUUUUUUUUUUUUUUUUUUUAAUGCUCAUUCUUAUUUCUUCCUGGGGUUCAGUGGAUAUUCCCGUUUGUAUCAGAUAUAUAAGAUAGUUCUGGACUUGAAAAUUAGCUUAACUAUUUUUAGUUGAUUUGCAUUUGUUCAAGUUGCAUAUCCUUUCUAAUGUUCAGCACCCCCCCCUUUUAUUUAUUUAUUUAUUUAUUUUUGAGAUGGAGUCUCACUGUGUCACCCAGGCUGGAGUGCAGUGGUG